AUGCAUCGGCCCGAGACGCCAGCGACUCUGGACGAGGCUCUAGAGGCUAAAGCACAAAUUAUAGAGCUUUUGGAAUUAGGGCAUUUCCAGUUGAGGAAGUGGGCCAGUAACAUACCAGAGUUACUUUCUGAUAUUCCUCAGGAAGAAUGUCUGCUUAGUUCCAAAACAUUUACCGGCCAUGACUCUUGUAGCCUAAAGGUGCUUGGUUUAAAGUGGGAGCCAACUACCGAUACAUUUUCCUUUGAUGUUAAAUCUUCAAUCCGACCUUGUACAAAACGAGUUAUUCUUAGCGAGAUCGCGAAGAUCUUCGACCCCUUAGGUUUCCUUGCACCUCUAACCAUCAAGGCGAAGUGCCUCUUGCAACGGCUCUGGCUGCUUGGUAUCGAUUGGGACAGUGAUCCACCCGAAGAUGUGAAUAGCGUGUGGGAAACAUUUUGCAAUCAGCUGUCUAUAUUAAAGGACCUGCGUAUACCACGGUGUAUGACAAUUAACAACACUUUAACGUACGAAUUACAUGGAUUUGUGAUAGCUCGGAGCUUGCGUAUGGAGCAGUUAUUUAUAUUCGAGUUUCAACUGCAGACGGAU